AAUUUUGAAAAGGAAAAUUUAAUGUAAAACAUAAAUAGAAAAAGAGAGUUUAACGUAGUUCACACCCCCUAAUUUAAAGUAUGGUCCGUGGUAUUGUCUAAUGGCGCGUGACAGUUCACGUGACCUUGAGUCGCAUAGCGGAUUCUUUUUAUUAGGCAUAGUUUCAAUCCCCCGCCAAAUUGUAGGUUUAAGAUAAUGUCUUCUGCUUCUAACUACUACUGUCCAUUACUCAAGCUCUGCUGCGAAACACAUAACCAAAUACAAGCAAAGAAGCUACAUUGCCUCAUAGUCAAAACCGUAAUAGACCCAGAAACUUUUCUCUUGAACAAUCUCAUCAGCACUUAUCACAAAUUAGGCAAUCUAAACUAUGCCCGCCGAGUGUUCGAUCAAAUUCCUCAACCAAACCUCUUCUCAUGGAACACCAUUCUUUCGGCUUACUCGAAGUCUGGGUGGCUCUCUGAAAUGAAAAAUAUUUUUGGUCGAAUGCCAAGUCGAGAUGGGGUUUCUUGGAAUUCUGUUAUUUCGGGUUAUGCAAGUCAUGGAUCGCUUGAUGAGUCGAUGAAGUUUUAUAAGUUGAUGUUGAAAGAUGGACCCACUAAUUUGAAUCGGAUUACAUUUUCGACAAUGCUCAUAAUCUCAUCCAAUCAGGGUUGUAUCGGAUUGGGUAGGCAAAUUCAUGGACAGAUAGUGAGAUUUGGUUUCGAGUCAUAUGUUUUCGUGGGUAGUCCUUUGGUGGAUAUGUACUCAAAAGCAGGGUUAAUUUAUGACGCAAAACGGGUUUUUGACAUAUUGCCCGAGAGGAACUUGGUUAUGUAUAAUACAAUGAUCACGGGUCUUUUGAGGUGUGGAAUGAUUGAAGAUUCAGAGCAUUUGUUUCGUUGUAUGCCCGAAAAAGAUUCAAUCUCAUGGACAAUAAUGAUUACGGGACUUACCCAGAAUGGACUAGAGAGAGAAGCAGUUGAUACAUUUAGGGAAAUGAGGUUGGAAGGAUUGGCGAUCGAUCAGUUUACUUUUGGUAGUAUCUUGACUGCUUGUGGGGGUCUUCUGGCCUUGAAGGAAGGCAAGCAGAUCCAUGCUUUUAUAAUUAGGACUGACCACCUUGAUAAUGUCUUUGUGGGUAGUGCCCUUGUUGACAUGUAUUCCAAGUGUAGAAGCAUAAAAUACGCAGAAACAGUUUUUAAGAGAAUGAGCCACAAAAAUAUUGUAUCUUGGACUGCAAUGGUAGUGGGCUAUGGUCAGAAUGGGUACAGUGAAGAAGCUGUUCGGAUCUUUUGCGAGAUGCAGAGGAAUGGGAUUGAUCCAGAUGAUUUUACUCUUGGAAGUGUUAUUAGCUCAUGUGCAAAUUUGGCAAGCUUAGAAGAGGGUGCCCAAUUUCAUGGCAAAGCACUGGUUUCAGGCUUGAUUUCCUUUAUUACUGUUUCUAAUGCACUUAUAACGUUGUAUGGUAAAUGUGGAAGCAUAGAAGAGUCGCAUCAGUUGUUCAAGGAGUUGAACUUUAGGGACGAAGUCUCGUGGACUGCAUUGGUUUCAGGGUAUGCUCAGUUUGGAAAAGCGAAUGAGACAAUUGCGUUGUUUGAGAAAAUGUUGGCCCAUGGUCUGCAACCUGAUGGAGUUACUUUUAUUGGGGUUCUUUCAGCUUGCAGCAGAGCGGGACUGGUAGAGAAAGGACGUCAGUAUUUUGAAUCAAUGGUAAAAGAACAUGGAAUUGUUCCAAUUCAAGAUCACUACACUUGUAUGAUUGAUCUUUUCAGCCGAGCUGGGAGGUUAGAAGAAGCAAAAAGUUUCAUAGAUAAGAUGCCUUGCCGUCCUGAUGCGAUUGGUUGGGCUACCUUGCUGAGUUCAUGUAGAGUUCAAGGUAAUAUGGAAAUGGGGACAUGGGCAGCAAAGUCUCUGCUAGAACUAGAGCCCGGGAACCCUGCAAGCUAUAUUUUGCUCUCAAGCAUGUAUGCUGCUAAAGGGAAGUGGGAUGAAGUGGCUAAAUUAAGAAGAGGAAUGAGAGAUAAAGGCGUAAGAAAGGAACCGGGAUGUAGUUGGAUUAAAUAUAAAAAUAGAGUACACAUUUUUUCAGCUGACGACAGGUCAAGCCCAUAUUCAGAUAAGAUUUAUGCUGAGCUUGAGAAAUUGAACUGCAAGAUGAUUGAGGAGGGAUAUGUGCCUGAUAUGAGUUCUGUUCUGCAUGACGUUGACGAAUCAGAGAAGAUAAAGAUGCUUAACCACCACAGUGAGAGGCUUGCUAUUACAUUCGGCUUGAUUUUUAUUCCUCCUGGCCAGCCCAUACGAGUGGUCAAAAACCUCAGGGUAUGUGGAGAUUGCCACAAUGCAACUAAAUUCAUUUCUAAGAUCACCCACAGAGAGAUUCUUGUACGAGACUCUGUUCGGUUCCAUUUGUUUAAAGAUGGAACAUGUUCCUGUGGAGAUUUCUGGUAAUGCAGAUUGGUCGGUGCUCAAAGCUCUUGCAGAGGGUAUUAAAACCUUAGAAUGCAUAAGAUAAAUGAUAGAAAGCCAUGAAAUGUGUGCAUAAGGAAAUAUAUCAAUCCUAUUCACUUGAGAAUUUGGAUAGAUUUCUCAUAGAGCACCAGGGUUUAAUUUUGGUACAACAGUCGAGAUGAGCAAUCUUGUGAGAUUAAAACACAAUUCAGUAAUGAUCUCUGGGAAUAUACAAUACAGUACAGUAUAACUUGUUGGACAUAUCCAACAAACAAGUGCACUUUAAAGGGAGAAGCUAUGAGCAAAUUCGUCGAUGUGUGCUUAAAAAUGAAGAAUUUAACAGAUAAGGUUUCGAUGGGCCAUAGCUGACAAGGUAAGAAUUCUGAUUCCUGAAACCUUCCAGUUCUGAUGCAUAAACAACAGAGAUGAGGUACCCCUUUCUGUUGGAUCUGCAAAAUGCUGCCUUUUCAACUCCAGAUGAUCAAUACACUUAGUAUUUGGGGGACCUGGUGUCUUGUUCGAGUUUAUGGUACACUAGAGCAUAAUGUACACUAGGAGAGAAGCCGGGUACAGAACUGGAGAGCCUACGAGAAUUACCUGCAACCGUGUGCAGAUCUCAAGGACUUCAGCAAGAGGUGCCCAGUCUCCGAAAUUUCUCUCUAUAAACUGGUAGGCAAUUCCACUCUUUCCUCUGCCAACUAUGAAGA